CACAACCAUACCCACAACAACCACAACCAUUUCCACAACAACCCUUCCCAUCACAACAACCAUUUCUGCAACAACCACCAUUUUCGCAACAACAACCAAUUCUAUUGCAGCAACAACCAUGUAAACCAUAACAAACACCACUCCCACAAGGACAACAAGAUCAAAUGCUUGUGCAAGUACAAAUACCAUUUGUUCAUCCAUCUAUUUUGCAGCAGCUAAACCUAUGCAAGGUAUUCCUCCAGCAGCAGUGCAGCCCUGUGGCAAUGUCACAACGUAUUGCAAGGUCGCAAAUGUUGGAGCAGAGCAGUUGCCAUGUGUUGCAACAACAAUGUUGCCAACAACUGCCGCAAAUCCCCGAACAAUUCUGCCAUGAGGCAGUCUGUGCAAUCGUCUACUCUAUCGUCUUGCAAGAACAACCCCAACGAUUGGUCCAAGGUGUCUCCCAACCCCAACAACAGUCGCAGGUACAGCAAGUCGGACAAUGUUCUUUCCAACAACCUCAACCACAACAGGGUCAACAACAGCAAGUGCCACAGAGUGUUUUCUUGCAGCCACACCAGCUAGCUCAGCUUGAGGCGACGGUUUCCAUUGCGCUGCGUACCCUACCAAUGAUGUGCAGUGUUAAUGUGCCGUUGUACCGCAUACUUCCAUUCGGCAUUGACACGAGAGUUGGUGUCUAAUGAUAAGAAAAGGUCUCUAGAAAUAUAUAGUUGAAUAACCGUUGUUGAAUCGAGGUAUAUGUCGAUGUAGCGGUGACAAAUAAAGUGUCACACAACCUUAUGUGUGAUCGACCAAGACUUGAUGUUUAAAUUUUGGAAUAAAAUAUAAAUAAAGUUUUAUCUGGACAAUAUUCA